AGGGUAAUCAUCCUGUUACAAAAUUAUUGAUCAAGCAUUACUAUUAAAAAUUACAAAUAUUUGCUCAUCCAGUGCCACGUAUAAAUCGCGUUGAAACAGCCAACACGGCAACAAGGCAUACAGCUAUUGCAAAGUCCCCCAAAGUGAUAAUGGUAUACGCAAAAGCGCGCGAAGCAGAGCAAACGCAAGGCGAUCAAGGUGACGAGCAGCCAGUUGAAACUCUUGUGGAAAAAAAAAUCGAAGUUACAGACAGGAAAGUAGUUCACAAAAAAAAGCACACAGAACUCAAGGAAGAUCAAAUAGAUGAGAUUUGUGGUAGUAGAAAUAGCAACAAACGAACUUACGUCAAAACCAGAACACCAGGGAUAGAUCCAAGGUUUCAGGAACAGAAUCAAACAUGGAGAUGCUUCAUCAUGUAUACGGACUUUUACCGAUGUGAAAAUAUUCUAGGCAAAGGAGAAGUUGCUUGUCAAUGGUUUAAAGACGUUUUUACUUCAAUAUGUCCCCUGGGUUGGGUACGUCAUUGGGAUGAAGUUCGAGAAAAUGGUCGACUGCCAUGGUUUAAAGGAAAGACUCAGGGAAAAUUUCCUGGAGAUCGUUAUGGUGUUUGACAAAUAUUUCAUUCAUACACAGAAUGGCUGUCGAGUAGUUAACAUCAUCUAAUGAGUGAGCUGUGUAAGAAAUAAAGUGAAAUAUUUUGCCAAAAAAUAUGAAUUUUAUUUUACAGGUCCGUUCAGGUAUGAAGACAACUUACCAUCUCGAGGUGUCAUCGCAGCAACCAAUAGGAUGGCCUUUGCCAUGGCGUACUGUACCUCAGAGGAAGUCUUAUCUGAAAAUUAGGGGAACAUACCCGUUGGAAACUGCAAAAAGUUACAUUUCAGGUAAUGUUAAAUAUUUUUAUAAAGACUUGGAAUCUUUAUACUCCAAUUGACAUAAAUUCAUUGAAAUUUCUAAGUUUGGUAUUUAAA